CUAACUCAACAUAUGAGGAGAAGUCAGACAUCUCAGCAAACCUCUCCCACUCGGUUCGUUGAAAGCCCUGCGAUGGAGUCUGUUUUGGCUGUGGUGGUGUUGCUUUGCUGUUGUGUGGUUGAGACUCAGACGGAGAGUGAGGUUGACGGGCUGCUGAGGGAACUGACAGCCCGGGUGGAGAAACUGGAGAGUGAGUAUAAUGGCAAACCAAAAGUGGCCUUCUCCGCUUCACUUAGGGUCAGUGAUGAACAUUAUCACUUAGGACCUUUCGACAAGAACACCACCGUGGUGUAUAAAAAGGUCACUACAAACAUUGGUGAAGCAUAUAACCCAGAUACAGGUGUCUUUACUGCACCUGUGAGAGGGGCCUACUACUUCACAUUCACUUGCAAUGUUGGGAAUUCAGGGAAGGCGAAUGCAGCGUUGCUAAAGAACGAUGUGAAAAUGGCUGCCGUCUAUGAAUAUGCCAACCCAAAAUCCGGUAUUUACCACAGCGGGGCCAAUGGAGUCACACUAGACCUAGUGGAAGGAGACAAAGUCUAUGUGGUUCUCUGGAGUGGCAGUAGCAUGUUUGACAACAGCAGAAUUAGCAUGUUCAGUGGUUACCUUCUAUUUCCUAGCGAUAAUAAGUAAUAGUAAACGGCUGAUAUUUACACGGCAUGACUUAGCAAGAAAUGGAAAUGCUUAUUUCAACGUUUCAUUAAAGGAAUAAUCCACUCAAA